ACGUCAACCGUGUCAUUCAAAGCAGUCACUUUUCGCAUUUCGGUUCCAAAAAAUUUUCGCCUUCCACAAUUUAUUACGAAAUUUCCUUAAAUUUUCGGUAAAUCGAGAGUAUUUGUGUCCCAAAACAUCCGUAUUGUUUCGGAGGUUCUCGUUCCGAGACUUUCCCGCCGACAUGACCACCGCAGAGCGCCACGGAACCGGCUCGGUGGCACCGGUUGCCCGACAACCCAGCCUGGACGACAUGAAUUUGGACCAGUUCCUUAAGAUAUCCAACUACGAAGACACUGUCAAGCAGUUGGACAUUUACUACGGAAUAGUGAAACGCCAGCUACUGCAGUUUCAAAGUCCGAUCACCGGUUUGUUUCCGGUUUUGAGUACCGAUCAAGAAGUCGGAAGCAUUCGGGACAGUGUUUACUGUGCUGCAGCCAUUUGGAGUCUUUAUCAGGCUUACAGACGCAUCGACGAUGACCGCGGCAAGUCGUACGAGCUGGGACAGUCGGCUGUCAAAUGCAUGCGCGGCAUUCUCGAGUGCUGGAUCAAGCAGGCCCACCGGGUGGAGAAGUUCAAAUCGCGCCAGUGUGCCGUCAAUGCGCUGCACUGCAAAUUUCACCUGCACACCGGUGAAGAAAUUUACUCGGAUGAAAAGUACAACCACCUGCAGAUCGACGUGGUCUCAAUCUACCUCAUAUUUCUAGUACAAAUGAUUUCGUCGGGGUUGCAGAUCAUCUACACACAGGACGAGGUCGCCUUCGUUCAGAAUUUGGUGUACUACGUGGAACGAGCCUAUCGUACGCCAGAUUACGGCAUGUGGGAACGGGGCUCCAAAUACAACGACGGCACCCCUGAAAUUCACGCUUCCUCGAUUGGCAUGGCCAAGAGUGCUUUGGAAGCCAUCAAUGGGUGCAAUCUUUUCGGCGAGAAAGGCGCCUCCUGG